CAAUAAUGAAUACAUCACUACUGAGGCGGUUGGCUGUUGGCACUUAGCAAUUUGGCUCAAGUUAUCAGUUCAGAACCGAACGUUGCUGGAACAGGCUGUGAAUUUAGUGCUAUUUUGUGACGACACAUCGAGAUGGCUACGAAAGACGCUGGACCAGUGAUAUGCAACAGCUGUAACGGUGCUAUUCACGGCAGGAUCGUGACCGCGCUGGACAAGAAAUGGCACCCGGAGCACUUCACGUGCAAGAGCUGCCACAAGCCGAUAGAGGGCGCUAAGUUCCACCAGCACGACGGUGCCGUCCACUGCGUGCCCUGCUACACCAAAUUCCUCAGCCCACGCUGCCACGGCUGCGGAGAUCCUAUCACUGAUCGGGUGAUCCAAGCGCUCGGCGUGUCGUGGCACGCGCAUCACUUCGUAUGCGGCGGGUGCAGAAAGGAGCUGGCUGGCGGCGGAUUUAUGGAACAGGCCGGCCGACCGUACUGCUCCUUGUGCUACGCGGACCAGUUCGCAGCACGCUGCGCCGGCUGCGUGCAGCCCAUCGUAGACAAGGCCAUCAUAGCCCUCGACGCCAAGUGGCACCGCGAGUGCUUCAAGUGUAAUAAAUGCAGAAGCCCGGUAACCGACGCUACCUUCUCUGUGAUGGACAACAAACCUCUCUGCGGGAAAUGCGCUUAAGUGCUGACGUCACCAAGCACACGAACCCAUCGACAAUAUACAACUCUGCACACGUCGUCUUAUUAGGCACUCUUACCAACAAUAUAUUAAGUAUUAUAGAGAAAACAGAAUAAUAAAUAUACAAGCCGACAAUGUUAACAAUGUACUCUAACUUACUUUACAAUGUACAAGAAAUUCAGUCCUAGAUUCAUCUGAUUAGCUUAUUGCUGUUAUGAAAGUUCUGCAUUUGUAUAUGCACCAAGUGCAACAUAUUUAACAUUUAAAUGCUAACGUAUAUUAUCUUUAUACGCUUUAUCUAGAGCUAUACUAUAAUGGGCCAUGUAUGUACUGUUAAGGCGAUCCAUGUUACACAAAUCACAAAUAUAAAAAUAUAUUUUUUGAUAUGUCACCCAACAAACUGUAUUCUUACCAAACUAUAUACGUAAUUGUAAUUUCUGUUUCAUUGACGGUGAAAAUUUACUAAUUAUUAGUAUUGUUAUUUACGAUACAGUUUUAACAUUUACUUACUUCAAACGUAUAAGUAAUGGCUGGUUAAAUUGAAGGAAUAAUAAAUCCAAUAUUUCUAAACAUUUAACUAAUCAACCAACACAAGACAUUUACCUUUUCAUCUUUAUAUUUUAAGUCUAUUUAUUGAUAGUUUUAAGUAACUGUGAUGCUUUCGUGGGCUAAAUAUUAAACGCAUAUUUGUUAUACACAAUUACGAUAAGCUUUUUGUAAAUUUUUGUUUCAAUAAACCAUAUUUUUUA